CGCCUCCAGAUCUCGCGAUGUUUGAGCGUCUCUCACCCAUUGGAUUUAACUCAACUCUCGCGAUGUCUCGGCCUCUUCCUUGGCCGUCGUUACAGAGAGACAAAGGCCAUGUUCAGUACCAGCGCCAAAAUAGUGAAGCCUAAUGGCGAAAAGCCAGACGAGUUCGAGUCUGGGAUCUCCCAGGCUCUGCUGGAGCUGGAGAUGAACUCUGACCUGAAGGCUCAGCUGAGAGAGCUGAACAUCACUGCAGCAAAGGUAAGAGUUACACACUCGUCUCCUUCUACAGAUUAUAUUUCAUAUAUAUUAAUCACAAUAGUGAAACUGAAGUUAACGUCUGUCCUCGUCUUUCAGGUGGAGACCUUCUCUGGUGUCUACAAGAAGCUCACAGGCAAAGAUGUCGUGUUUGAAUUCCCUGAAUUCCAGCUGUAAAUGCAGAUGACAAAAUAAAUUUGUUUACUGUCCA